UUUUUAUAAGCCUGGUGUCAAAAUGUGUUGGCCUUGAAUUUUCUUUAAGAGAUUUUUUUUUAGAUUAUGAACAGCUCUUUAAAUCUUUGGCGGUUGCUUGUUUUCUUGGAUGUAAUCAAAGAAUUCCCCCUUUAACAUCAAAAGUUUGGAGAGGGACAAUUGGGAGAGCAAGGAAGAGGGACUCGGUUCACCCUGACGUGUUACAAUGACCGCAGAUGUCCACUAGAGGGCGCACUACACACUUCAUCGUAACAAUUGACGAAAUAAUAAUAACAAAAAAAAACAAUAAAAGGGGGUCUUUCCAAGUUAGCUGGUGAGUAAAUACCCGGAGCUAGUUUUGUGUCCAAAAAACGUGCGUCUUUGUAAACAAAGAAAACAGUUAAUCGUCGAGAAAAUAGCUAGACGAUGCCAGUGAGUCUCAUAAAUCACGAAGAGCUGCCGCAGGAAUACGAACAAGUCAGCCGUGGCUGAAAUCUCCCAACUGUGUCCACACGGAAUACGUGUGCUCUGAUCAACAGCAGCCCCAAACCGUUGUCUCCGUUGUAUACAGUAGCUGUGUUGUGUUGGUGGUCCUCUACAGUGCAUCAGAAGUUUGUGCAGACUUUAGGAUGAGGGUCUGCGUUGCGGUUCCGCCUCCCAUCAAACGUCAGAAGUCGCGGUAUAAAACACACGUGAUGCCAUACGGCUCGCUCAUAGUUGCAUACCUCGUUAACGUGACAGGCGGGUGAGUCAGUACACUUCAAUAUAACGCUCUCGGGGACUCGAGUGGCAGCGGUCGUUAAUGAGAACGAAAAGGAAAAAAAACAAAACAAAAAACAACAAUACGUCAAGUUGUGGGGCGCCAUAAAUCUACUGGAUUGAGUAGAAGAAUGCAAAAGGCAAGACUGACUAGGCGUCCAUCAAAGUGUGAAUGGAUAUUUUGUCUGGUCAAUUCCGUAUCCGCGGCGGAGCGUCUCUCGUGCUGGACUUUUGAGCCGAAUGAUGUCUGAUAGGGGAACACUGAACUGGAUCCUUACCGAUGAUAAACCAGGAGAGGAGCUGCCACAAGAGAACGAAUUAACCGGGGGAUUUCGCACACCGAGCUCCGGGGGAAGCCUAGAGGCAGACAUCACAGCAGAAGCCUAAGUGUGGCACAGAGUUUCGAGACGAGUUCACACUGACCUGCACGGUCACCGCCAUCACCCGCGAGUCGUCUCCCAUCGUUCAACUCCCGGGCGAAAUCAAAUGCGGAGAGAGGAAAGAUGCGUUUGGGUAAAGCCUUUCUGCUCGUCCUCCUCCUCAACUGCGUGACUUUGAGCUUAUCUCUGUCGACCUGUGCCACCGUGGAUAUCGACCAUGUGAAGAGGAAGAGGGUCGAGGCGAUACGGGGCCAGAUUUUGAGCAAGCUGCGACUGACGAGUCCGCCGCACUCCCUCGGACCGAGUCAGAUCCCUUAUCAGAUCCAAGCCUUGUAUAACAGCACAAGGGAGCUACUGGAGGAGCUGGGGAGGGAUCGGCAGCAAAGCUGCGGCCAAGACAACACGGAGACAGAGUACUACGCCAAAGAAAUAUACAAGUUCAACAUGGUCUACGGACCGCCGGAAAACAACGACCUGCCGUACUGUCCAAAAGGUAUAACAUCGAAAGUCUUCCGUUUCAAUGUCUCUGCCAUGGAGAGGAACGCAACCAACCUGUUCAGGGCAGAGUUUCGCGCACUGCGGGUACCAAACUCGGGUGCCAAGAGAAACGAACAGCGGAUUGAGCUCUACCAGAUCCUGAGGCCAAACGAGCACAUUGCCAAACAGCGCUACAUUGGAGCCAAGAACGUGCUGACCAAAGGCACCUCAGAAUGGAUCUCCUUCGACGUGACGGAAACAGUGCGGGAGUGGCUGAUGAACCGAGGGAGCAAUUUGGGGUUGGAAAUUAGCGUACACUGUCCCUGCCACACUUUCAGCCCAAAUGGUGACAUCCUUGACGUGAAUGAGGUGCUUGAAGUCAAAUUUAAAGGGGUGGAGGGAGAGUACGAGGAGCAAAGUCGCUGGGAUCUGGACCGUUUGAAAAAGCAGAAGGAGCAGUACAUGCCUCACCUAAUCCUCAUGAUGAUCCCUCCCCACCGCCUGGACACACAGUCCUCACGCCGACGCAAAAGAGCGCUGGACACAAACUACUGCUUCUCAAACAUGGAGGAGAACUGCUGCGUUCGCCAGCUCUACAUUGAUUUUCGUCGAGAUCUGGACUGGAAGUGGAUCCACGAGCCCAGGGGCUAUUUUGCCAACUACUGCUCCGGACCCUGCCCCUAUCUGAGGAGCUCUGAUACUACACACAGCACGCUGCUGAGCCUGUACAACACUCUGAAUCCCGAGGCGUCAGCCUCCCCCUGCUGCGUCCCCCAAGACCUCGAACCCCUCACCAUUCUCUACUACUCUGGACGCACCCCGAAAGUGGAGCAGCUCUCCAACAUGAUAGUCAAGUCUUGCAAGUGCAGCUGAGUCUUUGUUAAGAGGCACGGUAGUAUGGCAGGUUUCUCUAUAGGUAGUGACCAAGGCCCACGGAGUUGGCUUGCUGACUUUGGAUCCUUAACAGAGAGAAACAACUGCUAAUUCUUCGUCUUCUUGUUUUUUUGGGGGGGGUUUUUUUGUGCUAUAAAAAGAUCUUGUGGCCAUGGGGCCCAGAUUCAAACACCACUUCUCAUUUUCUUUUAAGGACAUAGAUUUUGUUUUGGGGAUCAUAUUUGUUUUUCUUCAUUUUCUUGUCUUUUUCCAUUUAAUUACGGAUGCAAUGUAGUAUUGUCUUCUUCUUUUUUUUUUUGUUAAAGCCAAGAUCAAGCCUAAAUCAGAAUUUAUGUACUUUCGAGCUUGGAUACCUCCAUCUUGAUUUGCAAAUAUGAACACCUCUGACUCACAGUUAGACAUCAGAGAGCCGAGGUCCUGAUUAAUCUGUAAUGUCAACAGGACCACGCCUGAAGCUGCUCUAUAGAUAAUAAAUGGGGGGCAUGACUUUGUGGACGCUCUCAAAACUAACAAUGACCUUCUGGCCAUUGAGGGAUAUUCUCAAUAUGGAACUGUUAGCACUACUAGCAAUCAUAGUAUCACAUAGAAAGCCAAGCAAAGAUCCAAUGAGUCCACAAAGACAGUCUCACAUACAUUGUCAAGGAAGUGGCCGUGAGGGGAAACAUCACUAUUUUCAACAUUAUUUCUCUCUCUCUCUCUCUCUCUCUCUCUCUCUCUCUCUCUCUCUCGCUGUCAUAUAUAUAUGCUGUCAUAUAUAUAUGUGUGUGUGUGUGUGUGUGUGUUGUAGGGUUAACACUCCAUUAGUAGCAAUAAUACUGAUCAAUCUUCUUUGCGUCUUUGAAACUCUUCCAAAAAUUGUGUGGAAAAGUGUCCGUCGGUGACGUAAUUGGCGGACAAUCCGCGAAUAUGAGAAGCGGACUUCCUCCUUUGCCGAUAGGCUUCGUUGUAUAAGAAAAUGUGAAUAGCAGUGCUAUACAGCUGUAUAAUGUAGGCUGCAUUUUCCAGCUGUGUGUUAUUCGCAUUUUCUUAUACAAUGCAGCCUAUUGGCAAAUGGGAAAGUAAAUUUUAACAUUCAUAGAUCGUCUGCCAGUGACAUCACCACUGGACUCGACUUUGGCGGCGUUUCAGAGACACACGGAAGACUGCUCAGUACUAUGGCUGCUAAUGCAAUGUUACCCCUACAACACAUACAUACAUACAUAUAUGUAUAUAUAUAUAUGUGUGUGUGUGUGUGUGUGUGUGUGUAUAUAUAUGUAUGUAUGGGUGUGUGUGUAUACGUGUGUAUAUGUGUGUAUACAUAUAUAUGUGUGUGUGUGUGUGUAUACAUAUACUAUGUGUGUGUGUAUAUAAUAUAUAUGUAGAGAGAGAGCGAGAGAGAGAGAGAGUGAUAAUGUGGAAAAUCUCGAUCAUUUCCUUUUAAGCCAUAUCAUCAGAUGAGUAUCUUUCUUGUUACUGUCCGUGGAAUAGUGUUUUGUCACAUUCAUAAACUGAACAGUCCUGGACAGUCGUAGUUUUGUUUUAGACUGGACUUUCCGUAGAACUGCCUUAGGUUCCCUUUCUUUCAAACAGUGGGCAUUAUCUUCAAACACAAAGGAGAAAGGACAGACUUGCUGCUGUAUCCAAAGCCAUAGCUGUGGUCAGGGAAAAGGAGGGCUGAGAGAAUGCCUGUUGGAUUUGCAAUGGAAAGUGAAUGAGCAAAGAAGUUGAGCCAAGCUUUUCUUUUUUUGGCCGAGCCAGCAGCAAUGACCUUUUUUUCGUUGCGUUGAUGAGAAUGGAUGGAAGAAGAGGGGACCUGUAUAGAAGGGAAGAACUGUGAUGGAAACUAGCCAUGAGCACACUGCCAUUCACUGGAAGUUUUCAUCCCUGACAGGUUCAAAUUAUUUUUGGGACAUCAAAUAAUAUGCUGGAAAAGAACAACUGUUACGCAACAACUUUUUAUGAGAUUUCUUUUACAUUAAUAGCAGAUUUGCUAUGUUAUGCAACUCAUGUUGUACGGUGAUUGUUUCACUAACUGAGAAAAAAAGGUUAACACGUGUAUAUCUCUGUUAUCCUUGGUGAAAUCACUUUUUUUAUUUUUAUUAAAUUAGGGGUAUGGUGACAUGAUCUC